AUAACAGUCGUCGUGAUAAUGUCAAUUACGGUUUUUUUUUCUACUCUUCCUAGUGAAUUCAAAACACAGCGUUACUGCCGUCGGAACUCCGCUAUUGAUUUCAUAAACUAAUUCUGAGCUCUUGCGGUAAUUAUGUCUACACCGAGAUGCAAAUUUUAUUUGCAAGGAAAUUGUUAUUACGGCUCGUCCUGUCGGUUCUCGCAUGAUGAACCGCAGCGCUCAAACCAUGGACACCAAUCAAGGAGUAAUAGGGACGUAAACAAAAGUUAUUAUGAAUCUGAUAGUGCUCAUAGUAGAAAUUAUGACAAUGACUAUGAUAGUUAUAAUGAGUACAGACAAAUGAAAUACGAAUCUGGAAGUAAAAGCACAAACUACAACUAUAAAAAGGAUUAUAACGACAGGGAUAAUUAUUAUAAUCAAAGAAAUGAUAAAGAAUUGUAUGAUUCCAAUAAUUAUUAUGGUCAUCAAACUCAAAGACAACAAAAUUUAAAGAAUUAUAAAGAAGAUGACAGUCGAGGUAGAAAUUAUAAUUACGAGUAUAAUACAAACAAAGUUCAUGCCAGUUCUAAUAGGAAUAAGAAUUCAGAUGGUCAAAAAUAUAUGCACAGGACCAAUAAUGUUAAUGAUUUAGAAAAUAAGUUAAAAUACUAUGAAAAUGAAAUUAAAACAUUCCAAAAUCAUAUAAGACAAAUAUCAUUGAGUAAUAUUUGGCCAUUCACGUGUUUCCAGCCUAUUGGACAUGAAUUUCCUAUUCAACCAGUUGGAAGUUUAAACUUGAUUGAAAUAUCAUUUGAAGAAAUUAGAUGUGAUUAUUACAUGACUAAAAAUAUAACUGCCAAUCCUGGUUUGAUUCAUAAACGGACAGUUGAUGAAUUAAUCUUAAAAGCUCAAAAGCAGAAAGACGAUAUUUUAACAUUUAAGAGGCAUGUACAAGAAGAUAUAAUAUCAACAUUUAUGAAGUGUGAAAAUUCAAAAGUUCAAAAAACACCUUUUGAAAAUUCUAUACAAGUGGACCAAAACAGUUACUGGGAUAUGUCUAUUAGAUCUUUGAAAAUGCCAGAGGAUAAAAAAACUGAACUGGAGUCAUUUAGUUUUGUUACCAAAAAAACCCAAAAGAAUUCUGAGAACGAGCCACAAUUGAAGAUACUCAUGCAAACCGAAGUAUAUGGUAAAAUAGAUAAUGAAGCAUUUGCUCAAGAUCAGUUUACCGAUUUCAUACCUAUUAUGCCUCCACCUAAAAAGUACUGUUUAUAAUGUUUUUUUUUUUUUUUUGGUAAAUUAUU